CCUGAAGUGAGCGCCCCUUCAUGUGGCUGGGAAGUCUUGUAGAGAUAAGUCCCGGGCUCAGAACACGCUUCCCUUCCUCUGACCGCUCACCAUGCGUUGGGUACCGCUCCGCCGCCUGUACAGCCGACUACCCGGACACCGAGCUCCGCACAUCAUUGGACGGCUCAGACCAGCUGACAGCCGGCCAGCUUCAUCACAGCCAGAGCCUCAUGCUUCAAUCACCAGGAAUGUAAUUCAGCAAUCAAAAGAUGCAUUCUAUAAUUUGCAAAAACAAAAUGCUGCAUUCAAGCCAGUACUGGCUGUAAUUCAGGUAAAUGGGGAAGAUCAAACCUUGCAAGCAACACAAAAUUAUGCACGAGAGCUUGGUGUGGAAGUCCUUCACGUACGCCUAGAAGGGAGCAGCGAGGAGGAGGUUAUUGGUGAAAUCCUAAAACUUAAUGAAGAUCCUAAAGUCCAUGGAGUUUCCCUUCAUUUGGCUGACCCCAGCCUCAAAGUUCUAAAUGCAGUGACACCGGACAAAGAUGUGGAUGGAGUCACAGAUAUCAACUUGGGAAAAAUGGUCCGUACCAAUACUGAGCAGGGUUUCAUUUCACCCACUGCUCAAGGUGUUGUCCAGCUCAUAGAACAAAUGGGGAACAACUCAUUAGAUGGGAAGAAUGUGUUGAUAGUUGGUGCCGAUGGUUCCCUGGAGGCCCCCCUGAACUAUCUCCUACAGAAGAAAGGUGCUGUGUCUACAUGUUGCUCCUGGCAGUCCCAGCAGCUGCAGAACAAGCUUGGUGCAGCUAAUGUUGUUGUUAUGGGAAGCACAAAGCCUCAGGAGAUUCCGGUUAGCUGGAUAAAACCUGGAACAGUGAUUGUCUUUGCAGGUUCUGACCAGAGUAGUGAUGGGUUAGCUGGCCAAGCUGUAGGACCACUGACAGCAGCCCUUAGGAUGGAGAAUUUGGCACAAAGCAGUAGAAGAUGGCUUGAUGCUCAGAAGUAUAAGAAGUGGAACCUUCGUUGCUUAAAGCUACAAACUCUUUCUCCUGUACCCAGCGAUAUUGAGAUUUCUCGAAGACAGAGUCCAAAAGCUAUUGAUGUGCUUGCCAAAGAGAUAGGAUUGCUUUCUGAAGAACUUGAAAUGUAUGGCCGCACCAAAGCCAAAGUACGCCUGUCUGUUCUGGACAGAUUAAAAGAGCAACCAGAUGGAAAAUAUGUCUUAGUUGCAGGCAUUACGCCUACUCCUCUUGGUGAAGGAAAAAGCACAGUUACCAUUGGGCUGGUACAAGCUCUCACCGCACAUAAAGAUAUCAAUUCUUUUGCAUGCUUGAGACAACCUUCACAAGGGCCCACUUUUGGAGUUAAAGGUGGAGCAGCUGGUGGUGGCUAUGCUCAAGUUAUCCCUAUGGAAGAGUUUAACUUACACUUGACUGGUGACAUUCAUGCUAUUACAGCAGCCAAUAACUUGCUGGCAGCUGCCAUAGAUGCCAGGAUUCUGCACGAGAACACUCAAUCAGACAAGGCUUUAUAUAGUAGACUUGUUCCUUCCAUAAAUGGGGUCAGAAGCUUCUCUCCAAUCCAGAUUGCUCGUUUAAAGAGAAUAGGUAUUGACAAGACAGACCCUGGAUCACUGACUGCAGAGGAGAUCAGCCGAUUUGUCCGCUUGGAUAUUGACCCUUCUACAAUAACUUGGCAGAGAGUGCUUGACACAAAUGACAGAUUCCUCAGGAAAAUCACGGUUGGAGAAGCAAACACAGAAAAGGGUUUUUCUCGCCAGGCUCAAUUUGACAUUGCUGUCGCAAGCGAGAUUAUGGCUAUACUUGCCUUAACUGACAGUCUCCGUGACAUGAAGGAGAGAUUUGGAAAGAUGGUUGUCGCUAGUGACAAGAAAGGACAGCCAGUGACAGCAGAAGAUUUGGGUAUUACUGGAGCUUUGGCUGUACUAAUGAAGGAUGCAAUAAAGCCAACCUUGAUGCAAACAUUGGAGGGAACACCAGUGUUUGUUCAUGCUGGUCCUUUUGCUAACAUCGCACAUGGCAGUUCUUCAGUUUUGGCAGACAAGAUUGCCCUGAAGCUGGUGGGAGAAAACGGCUUUGUGGUGACAGAAGCUGGAUUUGGUGCAGACAUUGGAAUGGAAAAAUUCUUCAACAUUAAGUGCAGAGCUUCUGGCUUGAUUCCCAAUGUGGUUGUUCUUGUUGCUACUAUUAGAGCGCUAAAGAUGCAUGGAGGAGGGCCCAAUGUUACUGCUGGAGCUCCUCUUGCAAAAGAAUACACAGAAGAGAAUCUCAAGCUGGUUCAGGAUGGUUGUUGUAACUUACAGAAGCAGAUCCAGAUUGCUCAGCAGUUUGGUGUUCCAGUUGUGGUCGCCUUAAAUAUUUUCAAAAAUGACAGUCAGGCGGAGAUUGACCUGGUGUGUAAAAUUGCUAAAGAAUCUGGUGCUUUUGAUGCUGUUCCAUGCAAUCAUUGGUCAUUUGGUGGAAAAGGAGCUGUAGAACUGGCUGAAUCUGUAAGCGGAGCCGCAAGACAACAUGUUGACUUUACAUACCUAUAUAAUUUGGAGUUACCCAUUGUGGAGAAAAUUCGGACCAUCGCUCAGAAGGUCUAUGGUGCGGCAGACAUAGAACUGUCUCCAAAGGCUCAGUCAAAGAUUGAAGUUUACACUCAGCAGGGAUUUAAUAACCUUCCCAUUUGCAUGGCCAAGACGCAUUUGUCGCUGUCACAUCAGUCUGAGAAGAAAGGCGUGCCAACAGGGUUCACUCUGCCCAUAAGUGAUGUGCGGGCUAGUAUUGGAGCUGGGUUCAUAUUUCCUUUGGUUGGAACUAUGAGUACCAUGCCAGGAUUACCCACAAGACCUUGCUUUUAUGACAUUGACCUUGAUCCUGACACUGAAGAAGUAAAAGGGCUAUUCUAAACAAACCUCAGAAUUCUGCACUGCCUUUGCCUGGAAUCUCUGUGUGAAUCCCAAGAAUGCUUACUACUUAAUUUUUCUUUUAGCCAACUGGACCCACUGACAAACCGCAGCUUUUUUACAUUCACAUCCAAUCUUUCCAAGAACUGAAAUGUUAAACAUGAAGCUACUGGGGCAAAGAAUAUCUGUCUUAUACAGCACUACUUGAAAUUUGCCUCUGUGAAAGCCAACAAGCUUUUUUCUUCAUGAAAUUUACUCUUUAAAUGAAACAAUACAUGCUUAAAACUGCCAUUUAUACCAUCACACCAUUGUACUGUAUGAUCUAUAAAUUACUUAUAGUUGCUAAACGUUGGUAUUUUUUUAGCUUGCAUAUUCAAAAGUUUAAUAUAGGUUUUAUAUUAUAUUUUGCAUUGAAGAAAGUUUUUUUUUUGUUUUUUUGAACUGUUACAAAGCAAACCUUAUGUACUAUGAGUUUAAAAGUCUAGAUAAUACUCAUAAAGCAUUUGUGAAAUUACAUCAUUGUAAAUGACCAGUGAGAGCUUAAAUACAAUAGCUAUGAGCAUAGGAAGUCUUCUGAUGAACACUCAUUAAAGUGAAUGUCAAGCCCAAAACCUUUUUUCCCCCUUUUUUUGGAUACAGUGAGUAAGGAUUACAACUCUUAAUCCUUCCCCAUUGUAUACAAAAAAUGUUUUGCUGCUAUUCAAGGCUCCGAUGGAGAUUUUUUCCCCCUCGCUUACUGUCCAGCUGGCACUGGCUUAACCAUACAGAAAUUAAACAAAUAUCUGCAACAGAGGUUCAGACAGAAGCAAAAUCUGAAAAUGGGUUUUAUUUUACCCUUCCCCUACUCCACUAAAGAAAAUAAUUGUUAUUUGUGUCUUCCUGUUGAAGAUUUCCCUUUACUUCUUGUAUGGUAAAGCAUUCUUGGGAAGACACAAAGUGAGGGUACAUUUCUCUAAUGGAUAACAGUGAAAACCUAACAGGAACUAUAACCCUUCCCUACUCUGUCCAAACCGAACAAUACAGGUAUGUCUAGAAAUACACUUUAAAAGAGGGAAACUUCUGCCAUCUAUGUACAGUAUAUUACUCUCUCACUUUUUUUGUGAAGGCUGUCACAUUGGUAGACAAUAUGGGUUACAGCCUAUGUCCUAGGCUUACCUGUAGGUUUAUAUAUAGCUGUGGCUAUUAUAGUUCAACUUAAUAAGACCUAUUGUAUUGGCAUUAUUUUGUUCACUCGUGUAACUUUUACAUUAGAGUAGAUGAUGUAUCACCUAUAUGUGUGAUGACAUCUUGGUGUGCCUAACAGUAGACUUAAUACACGUGUAAUUACAAUAUUCAAAUUCAUAGUCCACUUUUCUAAGAUUUUCUCUGUCAGGUAGAAAAUGUGGCAGCUUGAGCGAGAUCUGGCUUAUUGGGUUUGUACAUGACUGCACUAUUUAUGUUCUAGGAGGUAAUAUGGUGUUAGAAUCAAGGUGCCUUCAAUUUAGAACUUUCUUAUUUUACAGAAUCCAGCAAUGUUAAAUUGUUCCUGAACUUUUCCUUGACCUAAUAGUCUGAGAUAAGUUUGCUACAUAAAGAAUCCUAACUGCAAAAAUGAUAGUGCUUUUUAUGCAGGUCUCCUUUAUCAUAUCAUGUCCAGCAGUGUCUUUUUCUGAACUGUUCUGUAACAAAUUCAUUUUAGAUGAGUUUGUUAUACUUCAGCAACUUUUUGAAUAAAUAAGUUAAAAAACA